UGCGCUUCUUCAGGAGAAUAGAUGGACUCAAAAUCAUAUCCAUAAGUUGGUCGUUUACCUUCUGGAUGUCCCGGCUGUGACCACAAUCAUAAUAGAUCCGAUUGGAAACGCCUUUGAAGCCGUCGGCUGCCGACCUUGGAGACUACGCCUCAUGAUCCCUGCAUUCGCUGGAGUAGUUACCCACCUUUAGGGUUCGACCCGCCACUUGAGCUCUUUUUUCCAUUUAAUCAGUCCAGACAAUUACAAAACGCCUGCCAUCGCACUCCCUCCAUACUUCCCACAUCCUUUAUAAACUCUCCCAAUCCUCCUACAUCUUCCUCCCCACCUAUAACCCUCUCAAUCACCCCCUCGACCUCGAUCCUAACCCACCGCCGCCAUGUCUUUCUCUUCCCUCGUUUCAGAGAUCGCCUACCGGAACUCGGAACGGGACGACAUGCGCUCACAGGUCUCGAAGGCACGCUCAUACGCCAGCACCGCUGCCACCAGUGUGAGCAUUUCGGGAGACAUUGGCAGUCAACUGCAUGGAGGUUACAGCCAUCCUCUCUCGCGAGCAUGGCAGGCCGAGCGACAGCUGACAAAGUCCAUGUUGAUCUACCCUCUCUUCGUCUCAGAUCAGCCAGAUGAGGAAACUCUGAUCCCUUCCCUCCCCAAUCAGUACCGCCGUGGUCUGAACAAACUCGUUCCAUACCUUACUCCCCUCGUCGCAAAGGGCCUCAAGUCGGUUAUACUAUUCGGUGUACCAAUCGCACCCGGUGCGAAGGAUGCCCUGGGUACUAACGCAGACGACCCGAAGGGACCGGUCAUCAAGUCCAUUCGUCUCCUCCGCCGCCAUUUCCCAGACCUCUUCAUCGUUGCCGACGUGUGUCUUUGCGAGUAUACUUCACAUGGCCACUGUGGAAUCCUCCGAGAGGAUGGCAGCUUGAACAAUGCUCUUUCCGUAGACCGAAUCAGCGACGUCGCAAUGGCAUAUGCCCAGGCCGGCGCACACUGCGUGGCCCCGUCGGACAUGAACGAUGGCCGUAUCCGUGCCAUCAAGCUGAAGCUCAUCGAGGGCGGAAUUGCACACCAGGUUCUCCUGAUGUCCUACUCUGCGAAGUUUUCCGGGUGCUUGUACGGCCCAUUCCGUGACGCGGCUGGAUCGUGUCCAUCCUUCGGUGACAGGCGCUGCUACCAACUCCCUCCCGGCGGACGUGGUCUCGCUCGACGAGCCAUCACCCGAGAUAUCGCCGAGGGAGCGGACAUCAUUAUGGUUAAGCCUGCAAGUCAGUAUCUUGAUAUCAUUAGCGAUGCCAAAGAAAUUGGUAAAGACAUGCCAGUCGCUGCUUACCAGGUUUCAGGCGAAUACGCCAUGAUUCACGCAGCUGCUGCAGCGGGUGUGUUCGACCUGAGGCAGAUGGCAGAAGAAGCCACGCAGGGUAUCCUUCGCGCUGGCGCCACCAUCGUGGUGAGCUACUUCACCCCCGAGUUCCUGGACUGGUUGAACAACUAAGCGGAGUUGUAUCAUUCUUUGGUCGUUUCCAUUUUCUCUUCCUGGCGUUGGAUCUCCUAAAAUCUCCUCUUCUGUGCUCUUCUCUUUUCGUUCGCGAUGUUUUAAAAGGAUACCUAGGCGUGAUUUGCAUUGUUAUGGAUUCCAUCUGUUCAUGCGACGUGAAAAGUCAGACAGAUCUUACGCGUACAUACACAUAUAUCUAUGGUGAUGACGGAGCGGAACACAUUUUAGACAUCCGUUCCGAUUUACAUGCUAUAUUCAGCUAGCUUCCACCCUACAUUGAGAUAUAAUGACAAUUUUCAUGACAC